AGGAUACCAUCUGGUCCACGUCCCAAGCCAGAGUCCAUCAAUGCUUCCAGCUCACGGGUCGACUCAUCAUCCUCACUAUCUACCGUUUUUGGCAAGACGUCCGAGACACUACCCCAAAGUCAGCCCUCCCUGGCAUCCUUGACAUCUUUGGAGAGGUGGGCUGAAUCUCCCUUGGACGCUCUCAUCGAUACCGAACAUGACUACACCGCCAGUCCCGAGGAGUCGCCACGACUCUCUGCCUCAGCAAACCUUCCUAUACAGCCAGAUGCUCCGACUACACGCCAGCCCUCGCUCCAAAAGACAACACAGGAGGAAAGCACAAAUAGGAGCCCUAGUCGCCGGGCCUUCUUUCACCGAACACAGGCUCCUCAACCAGGCCGUCCGACUACACCCUCCUCCUCUUUCGUCAUCUCGCGGCCUAGCACUCCAACUAUCACCUCACCUAUCUCGACAAAGUCUCGUCCAAAGCCCUCUCGACUGAAUACUAGUAAUCUACUCGCCGCUACGUCCACUUCCCCGACCAAGCCCGUGUCUCCUGGUUUGAAGCACUGGCAACAGGUCCGCAGUCAUGUCCUCACUACACCGGUGGACGAACGCUCUCCUUCCAAGGCCGGGAAAAAAACUGGCAUCGUACACAAAGCCGUCGGCAAAUUUGGUUUUCGACACGUUGCAGAAAGUGUGAUGGGUUAUGACGAUCGUCGUUUGUCCACCGUUUCGGGCAUCAGCUUACAAAACGGUCUGUCCGCCGAAGAAAGAGAGGAGAUUGCUCGGGAGCGUAGGAGAUUCGCACGUGAUAUUCGAGUGUGCAUUGAGGCUUGCUCUCGGGAGGAGACCAGACGACGCCUAGCUGCGACAGCUCCUGCGGAGAUCUCAGAUGGACCAGUCAGAUCCGGAGCGGCUUCAAUACAUGCAUCCGCACAUCAUGCCAUGCGGCUGGACUCGACACAUCAGUUCUCUUCUUUCGUGCCCCUUUUGACCGAACUACAUCGUCAUCUCCCGGACGCCCGAGCCAAGAAGCCUUGGGCUCGAACAUGUCCACAUCAUGCCACUAUUCUUUCCGAAUUAGGAGUCAGCUUCCUUCCGGGGUCUACCUCCAGCGACGGUGAACGACAACAAGCUCUUGAAGUCUUUGGUGUUCUCGUCAAGAAUUGGGCUCCAGAUACGGCGGAUGAGGAGCUGGAUCGGUGGCUCUGGCUUUGCAGAGCGUUGAUGACGCCUGAUCGACAACUUCAAGCCCGUGGUUUCACACUUUUGACCGCCCUUCUAUAUCGUGAUCCGACCCUUCCAAGAAGUUCAGAACCGCCACAUACUGUUCAAGCUUUCGUGUCUCUGGCCGUGACGCUCAUCCAGCUAUACAGAUUCACCAGCGCAUCUGUGAACGCCUCUGAACAUCUGGAUACAGUCGAUCAUUUUUUGACCGACCUGGCGGAUGGAGCAAUAAUCUUAGUUGAUUCAGCUCCGGUCAGCGACUUUUUGGGAUCUGUAGAACUUGCCGAUUAUCAGGGAUUAGGCAGGGAGCUCAUUUGGUUAUCAGUGGGGAUAUUACUUGGGGUAGACCGAGAGACCGCCCUUUGGCUUCUGCAGACCGAUCAAAAGAAUCUGCAAGUAAGUCGCUUCCGUCCUCCGCCAUUCAUCCAUGCGGCUCCACCUCUGGUCCUACAAUUUCGAGCACAGUCAUCCGCUGCGUUUUUGGCUUCAUUCGAAAUCCUUGCAGAAGCCGGCAAUGAUUGGUCGAUUCGAGGGCUUGUCUGGAGUCAAGCCGAAGCAAUCGUAUUGGGAGAUCUGGACGUGUUGCCGAGCACUCAUGCUCUCCUAGCCAGUUUGUCGAGCUUCCUCAUCACUCUGGAACAGCUC